AGAGCGGGGGGUUGGGAGCAGUGACGGGCAAAGGGGCAUAUUUGGACCGUUGUAAUUCAAAUGCAUUGAGCCGUUCCCGCAGCCGGCACCGCGGCAGCUCUGACGCAGCCCUCCGGAAAUGCCGGCCCCGGUCCCGCAGUCCUUUCCAGAGAGUCGGUCUGGCUCUGCCCAGCCUUGUUCCCAGGGGACAGUCUGCCCCGCCCCCUUGGCAGCGGGCUGGCCCCUUUUGGGUGCAGAUAGGGCGCAAUUAAAACAAUAACGAACUUUUUUUGUUAAUUAUUCCAAAUUUGGGUAACUUAUUAAUUCAUUUGAAAAUGAACGAUGACCUGGGCGGGGGGGAUUCAGGACCACCACUGCGUUCUGCGCCACAGGUCAGGGAGUCAGUGACACCGACCGGUACGAUCCGGUGUAACCGCUGAGAUGGCACCGUUACCAUUUGUUAGAGGCGCCUUCCCAGCCCGGUGUAACGUUUUCAGGAUUUUAAGUAAUGGCCCCUGGAAACAAAUUCAAGAACUCUGAACUGAUAUUACUGUGUGAAUGGGAAGAAUGCCUUUUUGUAGGAAAAUGUAUGGAGGAAUUUUGUGACCACAUUGCAGAACACUUGAAAGAGUAUCGACAACAUCCUCUGGAAAGAACAGAGCAGUACCAUUGUUGGUGGAGAAAUUGUGAAUUUUUGGCUACAGGUCCCAGGGAGCUGGUAACCCAUGUAAAUUUUCAUAGUUACCACACCAAGUUGAAAUUCUUAGGCUCUCAGUUAAGGGCAUCACACCAAGAUUGGCCAGCAUGUUCCCAGAACAGCCAUAACCAGAAUCAGAUACCAAGGAUUUCAGAGAUGUAUGUUUGCCAAUGGGAGAAUUGUGAUGUUACCUACAACAACCCAGAAUGGUUUUAUCGGCAUGUUGCCAUGCAUGCAUACUCUACUAAGAAAGAAAACAUUUCAAGUAACAAGAAAGCUAUUUGUUGUUGUCACUGGAAAGAUUGUUCAGGAACAUUUAAAGGAAAGCACAAGCUAUGGGAUCACUUAAGAACCCACACUCAAGAAAGAGUGGUGGCCUGUCCCUCUUGUGGAGCGAUGUUCUCCAAUAAUACCAAGUUUUUUGAUCAUGCCAAGCGACAGGUUUCAGAGGAUCAACAAGUAUUUGUUUGUCAGAAUUGUGACAAACACUUUGCCAAUGAGAGGUUACUACGGGACUAUAUGAGAGGACAUGUUACCCAUGUUACAUGUCCAUUUUGUGAUACGGUAUGUACAAGUGUCUCCUCUCUGAAAGCGCACAUCAGAUUCCGACACUGUGAUGAACGCCCUUUCCACUGUGAUCUCUGUGAGAGUAGUUUUAAGAAUGCUUAUGAUCUUCAUAAACAUGUUGAAACACACGAUUCAAAUGCCUACAGCUGUGAUGUAGAAGGAUGUGUUUUUACUUCACGGACUUCACAGAUCUUGAGACAGCAUUACAAGAGAGCACAUAUGAAUAAUGGCAAUCUAAAAUAUAAAUGUCACAUCUGUCAGAAAUGUUAUUCCUGGUGUUACACAUUGACUCUGCAUCUUCGCAAAGCGCACAAACUCAGCUGUCAUUCUCGCUUCAGAUACAAAGAAGAUGAUGAUGGGUACUUGAGGCUGAAUUUAGCAGUUUAUAAUGGUGUCAUGGGUUUAGAUCAGGGUCUUGAGAACAAGAUGGCACCAAAGAAGUCUUCAGUAGUUCAAAACAGUACUGGAAAAGACAGCUAUGCCUCUUGCAAAAGAAGCCAUUCAUCAGUGGAACUACAUACCACAAGAUGUCAGAGAUGGUCACAAACUACUGCAGAAAAGGUUAUGGUAGAAUCAGAGACCUCCAUAAUGGAGCCAAUGUAUUUUGAACUUCAAACUACACCACAGUCAUUUGAAAACUCUGCUUCUCCCUCUGAACUUGAUGAAGCAAUGACAUUGAAUACAAAGGAAAAAUUAAUAGAAAUUGCAAUGGGCUUGGGAAUUCAGGUUGCUGUUUAAGAAAAAUGCAUUUUCUUGGAUUUUACCUUGGGACCUAUUUAGUACUCCUGGAAGAGUUCAUUAUUUUAACUAAAUAUGAAAUUUACAAAGAGUCUGCAUUGUUUUCACUUGUCAAAUUUUGUAUGUAACAUUGUGUAUAUAUUUGUUAAAUAUACUAAAUUAUUUUAUCUGAAUAAAUGAUAGUACACCAGAAAGGUUUUGCUAUAUAUUCAAUAUGCGAUACUUAGAUGACUAACUCAUCUGACAAGAAGGUAUUGGAUUUCAUUAAUCUGUGUGCUCUUCUAGUCUGUCUAUACAAAAGAAACAAAGCUAUCCCUCAGAGGCAAAAUUCUGAGCCAGUACACUAGACAAAGAGUUUGAUCUGGUAGAUUAUGCAUUGCUAUUUUUUUAUUAGAUAAACGUUUAUUUUUCAUAAUGCAUCUGGUCUACAAUAUUUCUAACAAGUGUCUUUGCCUUUAGUUAGUGAUGUUCAGUAUAUUUCAGAUAUAUGCUAGAGUAAUUUUAAGUGUCUUUCAAGUAGUUUACUUUGGCUUUAAGCUAUGAUGUGUUUUGUAAAUUAAUAUAAUUUUAAAACCUUUUUCAUUGUUUAAAGGUGAUUACAAUUCAAGAAUUUGUUUGCAUUCAUAGAAUAGUGAAAAGGAUGUUCAGAGAACUGACCUUGGUUUCAGAUAGCACUCAUUAUAAUUGAGAGAUUACAAAGUAUUUCAAAAUAAUCAUUUGGGCACUAGAAGUGGUGACUGUAGUUUUCAGAAAUAAUUCUAUGCAGCCAUGGUUAUUAGAACCUGUUAAAUAAAAAAUG